UCAAACUUGGCAGGUUACUGCUUCGUCUUUUCGAUUCGAUUUGUAUGGAUUUGAUGGAUGUUGGUUUGGUGUAAUAAUUAGUGGUGGUUGUCCUAAAAUGUUUAAAUUGAUUACAGUUUUGUUGUGUGAAAUUAAAAGUUGAUACAGAAACAUGUUAUCUUUGGUUCUUCAGUGUCUCGUCACCUGCAGUUUAAUCUUUAAUAGCUAUGGCUUUUAUGUACCCGGUGUGGCUCCAGUGGAGUUUAAGAAGGGCCAAAGAAUCGAGGUUAAGGCUGUGAAAAUGACGAGUACACAUACUCAGCUUCCUUAUGAAUAUUACUCUCUUCCAUUGUGCUUGCCUAAAAAUGGUACAUUUGUUUACAAAUCUGAAAACUUGGGUGAAGUUCUACGUGGUGACCGAAUUGUAAAUACUCCAUAUGAAGUGCAUAUGGCUGAAAAUAUCAAGUGCCGUCUGCUAUGUCAUGAGAAGAACAACCCAAUUAAUUGGAGUGUAGAGGAGUCUGAAAAAGUGGCGAGUCGUAUCGAACAUGAGUACUUUGUACAUUUGUUGAUUGAUAAUUUACCUGUGUCAACAAGAGCUGUGAAUAUGGAAACAUUAGAGAGGACAAUAGAACAAGGAUAUCGUCUUGGUAUUAUGUAUGAAGGAAAAGCAUACAUUAAUAAUCAUCUGAAAUUUCUCUUAAAAUACCACAAACAUGGGCUGGAUUCAUAUAGAGUAGUUGGUUUUGAAGUUGAGGCCAUGUCAAUUGACAAAAAUGAAUUAACAUUUGCCGAUGAUAGUUGUCAGUUUCCAACUAUUGCAAAGCGACAAUUGGUCAAUGAAGACACUGGCACUAAGCUGUACUUCACAUAUUCAGUGGAAUGGGGUGAAUCAGAGAUACAGUGGGCAUCACGCUGGGAUAUAUAUUUAGGGAUGAAAGAUACACAGAUACAUUGGUUUUCAAUUGUAAAUUCCAUUGUGGUUCUAUUCUUUUUAUCAGGUAUACUAACUAUGAUUAUGGUGAGAACAUUAAGAAGAGACAUAGCUAGGUACAAUUCUGAUGAAAUGAUGGAUGACUUAAUGGAAGAAACUGGCUGGAAACUUGUACAUGGAGAUGUGUUUCGUCCCCCUCCAAAGAGAAUGCUUUUUGCAGCUGUCAUUGGAAGUGGAAUUCAAGUGUUUCUUAUGGCUCUUGUAACAAUUUUUAUAGCUAUGCUUGGCAUGUUGUCACCAGCAAGCCGAGGUGCUUUGAUGACAGCUGCUAUAUUCCUGUAUGUGUUCAUGGGUCUCAUCGCUGGCUACUACUCAGCACGCUUGUACAGUACAAUGAAAGGGAAACAGUGGAAACAAGCCGCAUUCCUCACUGCUACUCUUUAUCCAGCCAUUGUUUUUGGAACAUGCUUCUUUUUAAACUUCUUCAUAAUGGGUAAACAUUCUAGUGGUGCCGUACCAUUCUCCACUAUGAUGGCACUGUUGUGUUUAUGGUUCUGCAUAUCUCUCCCAUUGGUGUACUUGGGUUAUUAUUUUGGAUGUCGCAAGCAACCAUUCCAGCAUCCCGUAAGGACCAAUUUCAUUCCAAGAAAAGUACCUGAACAAGUUUGGUAUAUGAACAUAUUUAUCUGCAUUUUGAUGGCUGGAAUCCUUCCUUUUGGGGCAGUUUUUAUUGAACUCUUUUUCAUUUUCAAUGCACUAUGGGAAAAUCAGUUUUAUUAUUUAUUUGGAUUCCUGUUCUUGGUUUUCUGCAUACUUGUAAUUUCUGUCUCUCAAAUAUCAAUUGCAAUGGUAUACUUUCAGCUGUGUGGAGAGGAUUAUCAUUGGUGGUGGAAGAGUUUUAUUGUAUCUGGGGGAUCUGCAGUAUAUAUUUUAAUCUACUCCGUGUUCUACUUCUUUACGAAAUUGGAAAUUACAGAAUUUAUACCGACUUUACUGUACAUCGGGUAUACAGGUCUCAUGGUCUUAACAUUUUGGCUUUUGACGGGCACAAUUGGAUUCUUUGCAGCUUACACUUUUAUAAGAAAAAUCUAUGGGGCUGUGAAAAUUGACUAAGUCUUAUGGUGAAAAUAUUGUGCAGAUGGAUCUGAGUGAUAAAAUAGUAUUGUUGCUGAGGCUACAUUAAUUGUAAAUAGUUAGAAGAUGUUGCAUUUUUAGUAACUAAGUUAUGAAAUUCAUUUGCAUCAAAGUUUGAUUUAAAUAAAUAAUUAUCACGUAUCUCCA